GCGCUCAAGGUCCUGGAGUACGAUGUGAAGGAGGCAAAGAGCCAGCACGGGACGCAGCUCCCCCUCUUGGGCUUGGGCUUCACCCCCCGCAAGGAGGGCCCCGAAGUCGGCAGCCGCAGUUGCUGGCGCGAGCCGCUUGCUCGGGGGUGCGAGGAACCGGCGCGGUCCCACCCGCAGGCGGGGCAGGCGUCCUCGUGCAUCGGCAGGCUCGUAUUCGCUUCGCGGGGGCUGCAGGGUAAGGCGGGCGCGCACGCACGCCGGCCGCUGAUCGACGCUCUCGGACACGUCGAGGCCGCCCAGCGCGCGGGGGAGUGGCCGUCGCAGGCCCAGGUCGCCCUCCGCUUGUGGGCGCACCUGCUGCGCGGCGCGCGGCCGCGCUCUCCGCCUUUGGCCUCGCCGGCGGCGCCCGUUGCCAUACUUUACGACGACGCUGCGCUGUCCUCUCAGCGGGCCGCAGCCAUGCUGGUUCUCCCUGGGACAGCCCCAGAGCUCCGGGAGGGCUUUUCGGUUGUGCUGCCAGGCCAGGUGCUCGAUCAACUUGGGCUCUGCCGCCAGCAUGCUGUUCAUGGCGCCGAGGCAUGGUGGAUCGCAAAAACUUUGGAGGUAUGGGGCGAUCAAAUUCGUUCGCGUUGCCUUUACUCUUUUGGCGACAACUCAGCAGCGCUCGCUGGGUGCGUUCGCGGGUACAGCUGGUCACCGCACGUGGCCUGCGUAGUGGGCGCGGUGCACGGGCUACUGUGCCAGCACGACAUCCGAUGUUGGCUCGAAUACGUGCAAUCCGAUUUCAACCCUCUGGACGCAGUGUCCCGGGAGGAAGACGAGGUCACCCUCGCCCAGCUCGGGGCCAAG